AUGAUCGUUAUACACGUAUCCUUGCUGUUUAUUGGUAUACUUCAUUGUCAAGCAUCGAAUUUCGUUUACCUGGAAAAUUGUAAAUAUGCUCUUGAUCUUUACAAAGAAAAUUUGAAUGUUCUCUGGUCAUCCGAUGACUCUCGAACAUUACACAUUCAAGCUAUUUAUUCUCUAUCGUCGAAUGACUCUUCCCAGCCUGGUCAGAUUUAUACAUAUUCAUCUCAAUCGCUCGCUUUAAUUCCAUUUUUUAUUCAAUGUUCCUUACCAAAUAGUUUCUCGUUGAAAUCUUAUCUUCCAUUCACUCAAUGUUCAUCAACGAUAACGAAUUUCUCCUCGAAGAAAAACUACGAGUCAACGCGAACUCAUUUAAACAUCAAAUCAAUUUUAUCUAUGACUAAUGUACCAUUACUUUACAUAGGUGAACAUUAUCUGAUACUAUCAAAUUGUUCGUUUCAAUGGAAUUCGACUACUUAUCGUUUGAAGUCCAAUGAAAUCUUUUCGUUUCGCAUCGAAUUCGAAAGUCCGAUCUCCAGUCAAUGUUCAUCAUGCAAUCGCCAUACGUCAAUCUGCCAUAAUCAAGUGUGUCAAUGUCGAUCGGGCGCUCUGCCGAUAAAACUUUAUCAGGAUAAACAGUUCUGUAUUGAUAUGACACGUGAUUGUACAUUGGACUCUCACCGUUGCCUGUACUCGCAUGCCGUGAAAACGUCUGCGCUCAAUCAACUGCUGUUAAUCUUAAUCGUCUUAAUAGUGCUAGUAUUUGGAUUGAUUUUAUCGUUAUUAUGGUAUUUAUUUCGGUAUCGAAAUGAGAAAUCACGAAAGGAAUUUUCGUCGAAUCAAUCGAUUUUUACGAUUGAUCCAUAUGAACGAACGCCAUCGACGAUAUCGACAACAGAUUCGAUCCGAUUUGGACUCGAUCAUGAAUAUCCGAAAAUUAUCGGCGAAGACAACAACGGCGAGACGAUCUUUAUUUUAGCGUAA